GCCCCAAACUAAUACUAAUUUCUUCAUUCUUGCCGACUGGCGAUUGCCACUGGGCACUGAUCGUAGUAGUAAUCUGAUAAAUUGGUUCUUAAUUAUUAAUUACGAUACAGUUUUAAUCAUAAUUAUAUAUGUAUACAUGAAUAUCACGUUGUCCUGAGUGAAUUAUACGUUUAAUUGUGAACAUUGGGACACUGGUUUACCGCUCCUUCACCAGGCAUGUUCAAAUAAUUAUUGGAAGCAUUUGUUGAUUUGUGUAUUCAAUUGUCGGCACCGGUAUGAUGGUUUUCCUAACAAAAACGGAAAUUCAAUGCUCGCAUUAAAUGAACGUGAGGAUAUAACCAUUACACAGUAAAUAAAUUCUAAACUUGAAUUGAGCUUCUAGUCUAAAAUGCAAGACUUUACAAGUGAUUCUAAUACUCAGCAAAGCACAGUUUCAUUGGCUUUUCUUCGUUUAUCUCAGAAACUUCAAAAAUUUCUCGAUGACAUCACACCAUUUCGAACAGCCAGAUGGAUAGGAGCACUUGUAUUUAUUCUUCUAUUUAUGAUAAGAAUAAUAAUGCUUCAGGGAUGGUACAUAAUUACGUACGCACUGGGUAUAUACCAUUUAAAUUUAUUCAUUGCAUUCCUUACACCAAAAAUAGAUCCAGCCAUGGAUGAGUUUGAAGAUGAUUCUGGCCCAUCGUUGCCAACACGAGCAAAUGAAGAAUUUAGACCAUUUAUUCGCCGACUACCUGAAUUUAAAUUUUGGUACUCGGUAAUAAAAUCUACAUUACUGUCAAUAUUUUUGACAUUUUUCCAAUUCUUUGACGUUCCUGUAUUUUGGCCUAUUCUUGUCUUAUACUUUAUUGUUCUAUUUUGUAUAACAAUGAAACGUCAAAUAAUGCAUAUGAUCAGAUACAGAUACUUACCAUUCACUCACAGUAAACCCAAAUACCAAGGUCAUGAUGACAGUGGAAAGCUAUCUCUAAUUCCAGAAAAAUUGGUACCAGUUGUCACUCAAAAUGUAAUGUGAUCAGAUAUUUAAUGUCUGUCUAAUUAAUUUUGUUUUUAUUGUACACAGAUAUUAUAUUAUAAUGAUUAACUUAAAGGUAAAACUAAAAUGUUAAUA